CACUCUUUGACCCUUUCACUCUGCCACCCCAACUUAUCGCACAACACCACGCCGCCAACCGAUCCCCCACCUACGAUACUCCCAUUGGCAGCGUCAUCUCUCAGUAUUCUGUUUCCGUUUCUGUCUUGCGACCGUGCUACUCCUGGGGAAGUGUUUGAGAAUUGGACUCGUUUCAGCCUUUGCCUGCCCUCCCCUCCAAAUUCCUGUCUUAUGACCAGGGGAAUCCACAACCUGCGACCAUAUACCCAGCCUAUAUUCUCAUAACUUCAGUUACGAGCGCAUUCACCGACCCAACUUAAGGUUAGAAAUCAGUAAUACAAACCGAUUGAACUACUUGCGGAAACUUUGGGUAAGGACAUGGCCAAUUUGAAAGCUGGUUUAUAAAUCCAACCUGCUCGUCGAAUUCUCAAACGAUCGCAAGCUGGACAGGAUCCAAGCUUCCACAAGAUUCAAGCUAACUGUUCUUCCAUGGUAGGGAUCAAUUCUGGCAACCGCAAGCACCAAGCUCUCGCUUUUGCUACACGAGUGUAAUAGAGAGACUCGAGGGGGAGGCAUGGGAGAUACCUGGUCCUGAGACCCUGACGAGAAGGAGGGCUUUUGCUGAAGACGGGUGUGAAGGGAUUCACGACUCGGGUGGGACUACAGAAUACGCAUAAUCGAGUGCGAAACAACCUCCGAUUCGAGCCCCAACCAUGUCGGCAGCAGACAAGGCCAGAGCCACGUCUGGUGGAAAGUCUUCUUUCUUUUCUAGAAGCAGCAAAAAGGACAAGGACAAGCGAAAUGCCAGCGACGAGGCUGGGAGAUAUUUGGGAGGAGACUUGGACAAAAACGCAUCUACUUCAUCGCGAACCUCUCGACACACCCGGGGUUCAUCAAUUGCCUCGCUCGACCGCCCCGAUUCGCCUGGUGCGGACUUGAGAGGAUUGAAUCAGAUGGCAGGUGUCAUUACUUCAAUACCAUACGACAGUGUCACCGCAGAUAGUAGAUCCCCAAUUCCAGUAGACUAUCUCCCACGAAGCGACCAUAUGCCAGUACGGCCUCCGCAAUCCCCUCUACCACAUCACUUAAACAACGCAGCAGGCGACUAUCAUCAAUACCCCUCCAUGGAAACUCCAUCGCUGUCAAAUAGCAGCUCUCGUCUUUCUGGCCCACGACCCCCACCAAAUAUGGGAAAUGUCACAAUGGCAUCCACAGGAAAUCGAAAUACGCAAUUACAGCAAUGGGGACCAAAUAGGAAUAGCAAUGCAAGCACGCUGACACAUCACCAUCACAAUCCGAGGUACGACUCAUACUCUACAAACCAAUCAUCGGCUUAUGGAAGAAGCUCUUAUGACCAGUCCAGCAUGGACUCCAGUACGGAACGUUCUAGUGUUUUUUCUUCUGGCAGCUCUUCUAGGACCGCCUUAGCUCCACAAUUUUCAAACAGCUCUUUAUCGCCGUCCCACGCAGCUGGUCGCGAUUCACAUAGUAGACUUACCAAAUUCCCGGGCCAACACCACGCGGGCUUCGCUUCUACUAACUCAUUUAUGGGAACACCUGAUGGAUUUAACAUCAAUAAACCAUCUGACGAUAGAGUUAUAGAAGAACAAUUCCUAGCCUUGAUGCAGAAGAGAGGGUGGCAUAACCUACCGGAUCAGGCCAGACGUCAAAUGAUGGCAUAUCCUCCUGCAAAGAAAUGGACAUUGGUACAUCAGGAUCGGUUGACGGAAUGGCAAGGAGAGCAAAAACGGAAGACAAAUACUCCUCGGCAAACUGGGCAAUAUGGAAAUGCAAUGGAAAUGUUAAUGAAUGCCGAGGAAGAGGGAACGCCAGAGUGGUUUGUGAGGAAAGUCAUGGAUAACAGCAUUUCCGCAAAGCAGCUGCAGAGUUUAGCCGUAAGCUUGCGAACACAACCUAUAGGAUGGGUGAAGACUUUCGUGGAAUGUCAGGGACAAGUCGCUCUCACCAACGUACUCGGAAAGAUCAAUCGAAGACAAGCUCAAGGGCCAGCCCCCGCGGAUGGAACUACCAGUGAUAGAGAUCUUGACCGAGAGUAUGAUAUUGUGAAAUGUCUCAAGGCUCUCAUGAACAACAAAUUUGGAGCGGAUGAUGCUUUGAUGCACCAGCAAGUCAUUGUCUCGCUGGCUACUUCGUUGAUCUCGCCUCGCUUAACCACACGAAAACUCGUUUCCGAGGUUCUCACAUUUUUGUGUCAUUGGGCCGAUGGUCAGGGUCAUCUCAAAGUGAUCCAGGCUAUGGAUUAUGUGAAGAAUCAGCAUGGGGAAAAUGGACGAUUCGACGCAUGGAUGCGAGUUGUUGAAGUUACUGUCGACGGUCGAGGAAAGAUGGGCAGUCUUGUGGGCGCCAGCGAAGAACUUCGAAGCGGUGGCAUAGGCAUGGAAAACCUUCUUAUGGAAUAUGCCGUGGCUACCUUGUUCCUCAUUAACAUGGUCGUUGAUGCUCCUGAACGGGACCUCCAGUUGCGUGUUCAUAUCCGAGCACAAUUUACAGCAUGUGGUAUCAAGCGUGUAUUGACAAAGAUGGAAGGAUUCCAAUACGACAUUAUCGACAAGCAAAUUGAAAGAUUCCGUACCAACGAGGCCAUCGAUUAUGAAGAUCUUCUAGAGCGUGAAAACAGCAGUAUCAAAGACAGCAUAGAAGGCGAUGUGAAAGAUCUCACUGACCCAACCCAAAUUGUGGAGGCUAUUAUGUCGAAGGUUCAGGGCAGUAGGACGCAAGACUACUUUGUUUCGGCUCUGCAACAUCUCCUGCUUAUGAGAGAGAAUGACGGGGAAGAACGAUUACGGAUGUUCCAACUCGUGGACUCGAUGCUUAGUUAUGUUGCGAUGGACAGGCGACUGCCGGACAUGGACUUGAAGCAGAGUUUGAAUUUCACAGUUCAGAGCUUACUUGACAAACUUCACACCGAUUCGGAAGCCAGGCAAGCUCUCGAUGAAUCCAUUGAAGCUCGUCAACUUGCCGAUUCGGCCAUCGCCGAGAGGGACGAGAUGAGAGCCCAAAUUGAACUUGGUGCUGAAGGAAUGGUUGCUAAACUUCAAAGACAGUUAGAUGAGCAGAACCAAAUAAUUGAUGUUCAAAGGAGGCAGAUGGAUGCUAUGAAAGGCGAAGUUGAUAAUCUUCAAACUGUUCGUGCGAAGGAAGCUCAGCGUAACGAGCUUGAGACACGAGAACUAUACCUCAUGCUUCGCGAUGCCCAAGAUAUUGCAGCGUCCAAUGCGGCCAAGGGCGCUGCUGGGGGUCUGGGUCAAAGUGAUCCAUCUCAAAUGAACGGAAUCCUUGACCGCGAGCGACUCAUGGACCGCCUUGAAAUGCAAAUUGAGCGACAAAAGACACAAUUUAAACUUGAAGGCAGAGUUUGGGGUGAUGCUGUCGGUCCUUCUGAUCGCCUACGGGCUCUGCGUGAAGAAAUGGACGGGGAUAGAGGGGAAGAUGGACCACGUGAAGGAGGUGGUCUUGCGCCUCCUGGUAGGGACUACACCAACAGUGUGCUCGGCAGCGUGUCUAGACAAACCAAGAUCCCUAGAAAGCCUAUCAAUUCUCAAGACUUCACGGAAGAUGAGGAUCUCGACGACAACGAAGAGGGCACUGUCUACGAAAAACCCCGUAUCAUUGAGAUGAAGCGUCCAAAACAAGCACGUGGAUAUCUUGAUGAGAUGAGCGCCAAAGUCCAGAAAUACGAUGCCAGUGACGAUGAAGAUAAUGAUGGGGUUACAACAGGUACCUCUCAUCCAAGCCUGGAAUCGGAUACUCCAAAGACUCCUAGCGACGAGGCCCAAGAUAGUGCUCCUCCUGUGCCACCCAAAGCAUCUACAUUCAACGGACCCCCACCGCCUCCUCCUCCUCCACCUCCUAUGCCAUCGCAAGCGGGUGGUUUCACAGGAGCACCCGCACCUCCGCCACCACCGCCUCCCCCUGGAGGAUUCAAAGGUGGACCACCUCCUCCUCCCCCUCCUAUGCCUGGAAUGGGCGGAAACCGUAGUCUACCACCGCCGCCUCCUCCGCCAAUGCCUGGCAAAAUGUCUGGAAAGUUCUUACCGCAAGCUCCAACAUAUAAUACAGGUCCAUCCCUUGGAUUACCUGUCAUGCGACCAAAGAAGAAACUUAAGGCCCUGCAUUGGGAGAAGGUUGACAAUUCUAUGACCACUCAUUGGGCUGCACAUGCUCCUACUCCCCAAGAUAAAGAAGAGAAGUAUGCUGAGUUGACAAGAAAGGGUGUUCUUGACGAAGUUGAGAAGUUAUUCAUGGCCAAGGAAAUCAAACAACUUGGUAAAGGGGCUGGCAAGAAGACGGACAAGAAGCAGAUCAUCUCAAGUGAGCUGAUGAGAACCUUCCGUAAGAUUUCUAUACUCCCACUAUCUAAGUAAUACUAACAAUUUUAGAAAUUUCCCUUGCCAAGUUUUCUGCUUAUCCUGUGGAGAAGGUUGUCCAAAUUAUCAUUCAUUGCGACAAGGAAGUCUUGGACAAUUCCGUCGUCAUGGAGUUCUUGUUGAAGGAUGACAUGUGCAUCAUUCCCGAGAACACCGCAAAGCUCAUGGCCCCCUAUAGCAAAGACUGGACUGGACCAAAUGCUAGCAAGGAUGAGCGUGAGCAGGACCCCAGCGAGCUCACUCGUGAGGAUCAAAUAUACCUGCAAACCGCAUACGAACUUCACCACUAUUGGAAAUCAAGGAUUCGAGCCCUUAGCUUAACUAGAUCAUUUGAGCCCGAGUACGACGAGAUUUCUACCAAACUCAAACAGGUUGUUGUCGUAUCAGAGUCUCUACGUGAUUCGGUCUCAUUCAUGAACGUAUUGGGUCUGAUUCUGGAUAUUGGUAACUACAUGAACGAUUCCAAUAAACAGGCGAACGGUUUCAAAUUGAGUUCGCUUGCACGACUUGGAAUGGUGAAGGAUGACAAGAACGAAUCUACCUUUGCAGAUCUUGUAGAGAGAAUUGUCCGCACACAAUAUCCGGAAUGGGAAGGCUUCGAGGACGACAUUAAUGGUGUCAUCACGGCGCAGAAGCUUAACGUUGAGCAACUGCAACAGGAUGCCAAACGAUACAUUGAGAACAUCAAAAAUGUUCAAAUGUCAUUAGAUUCCGGAAACCUGAGCGAUCCAAAGAAAUUCCAUCCUCAAGAUCGCGUUAGCCAAGUCGUUCUCCGUUCUAUGAAGGAGGCCAGAAGAAAGGCGGAGCAAAUGCAACUCUACCUCGAAGACAUGGUGCGAACGUAUGAUGAUAUCAUGGUCUUUUAUGGUGAAGAUCCUGCCGAUGAGAACGCUAGAAGGGAAUUCUUUGCGAAACUGGCCGUUUUCGUGAUCGAGUGGAAGAAGUCACGUGAAAAGAACAUCCAACUCGAAGCACAGAGGAAGCGAAAUGAGGCAUCUAUGAAACGAAAGCAUGCUCAACUCAAGAUACAAAGUGGUUCCGACAGCAGCGCACCCAACUCACCAUCAUCGACAGGCGCCAUGGACUCUCUUCUCGAGAAGCUCAGAGCUGCCGCUCCACAAGUCCGGGACCAACGAGACCGCAGAAGACGUGCACGACUGCAAAACCGACAUCAAGUUCGCGUCGCAUCUGGUCAGAAAAUUCCAGAACCGGAUGAGAUACCUGAGGUCGAAGAAGGAUUGUUGAGCCCUGAGCCUAUCAGUGAAGGCCUCGCCACCCCCGACAUAAUCACGAAGGCCGAGGGAUCAGAGGACGACAUUGCUGAACGAGCCGCCAUGUUGCUACAAGGCAUGCGUGGCGCAGAUGGUGCUGAGGAUGCAGAUGCUGCGGAGCGACGUGAGAGUGUCCGUCGGUCCAAGAGAAGAGAAAAUGCAGACGAGGAACGAAGAGCCCGGCGGCGACGAAGAGAGAAGGCGUCGACUGCAUCAGAACCUCAUGAAGCUGACACCACUAUCCACGAAGACGACGGCGAGUUGGGCGUCACCAGUCCGGCCACGGAAGAGGCACCUGAUCAACUACCUACCCCAACCACGGUCGUCAGCCCACCCAGUCCUAACGGAUCGAAAACGAAGCCUAUCGAGCUGGAUUGAGCGAUCAUCAUUCUUCGACAUACAACCAUUUCUUUAAAAGGCACACAUUAUGGAGAGGAGAGGUCUGGGAUAGAGGGCCUUUUGUAAUGUUUAUUUUUCGCUUCACUCGAUUGAUGUCCCAGAUUUCAUGACGAGAUGACCCUUUUAAUGCGUCUAUUCUUCAUGCCGCCGAUCCCUACUUACCGGCUCGCUCUCCUUUUUCCGUUUUAUUUUGUAUUUUCUUGAGGGGAGUUUGAGAGUUGUCUUUUGUUUCUUCUAUACAUUUUUAUAUCCUUGGGGCGGGGCUGAAAUGGUUGUGAGCAAAUGAAAUCUCUCUUGGAACUGUUUUCUGGCGAGAAAAAGCUUAUUGAAUUGGAUGGGCGGGGAGUUGUGGGGUUGGUCGGGCCAUGGAUGGAUGGACGGAUUGUAAGAUGGUGGUUGGACUGGGAGUGGUUGGACCUGGAUGGGGUCUAGAAAGGAAAUACAUGGUGUGGAUGGAUGGAUGGUGUAUUUGAGCAACUGAUUGACUAGAUUGGUUCAAUUGGGUCUCUUGGCUUCCGUCUUUCUUGUUUUCUGUGACUCUUGCCUCGUCUUUUUCAAACAAAGCAUCUCUUCUUUUUGCUCGGCAUAGUAGAGCGUUGGGAGCGAAACGUUUUUGACUUGGUUGCUUUGCUUCAGGGAAGGGGUUGGUGGAUGGUGGAGACUGAGUGAUGAGGUGCCCUCCUUUUGGGUAUCUUGCUGCUACCUACCCUACUGGACUGCGAUUGUUAGGUUCUUGUUUAUUUUUAUAUCCUAUAUUCGAACUCUUAGAGCAG